CGCUUUUGAUUUGUCAAGUCAAAGGCCAGCAGAAAAAAAAACUACAUUGCAGAUUAUAAUAUUACUCUGUACAUACUACUACACAUUCAUUGAGAAGCACCGAAUAUACAUCAGGACCAUUACAGCAGUUGAAAACUGUAAUUAACUGACAUCAGCAUCAGAAUUUGAAGUCAGAAUCUCGCGACAUUGUUGUACGUUAUAUUGAUUUCGUAUUCGUUCGACACGAAGAUUAAGAAAACACAGCGAUUCUUUUGACAACCAGCAAUAAAGAAGCCUGGAACAAUGCUAUGUGCCGAAGAAACAAGUGGCGGUGAUCUGGACAGCUCGAUAGAUCCGGCAGUAUCGUCACUGUGUCGCUGGAUCAGUCCUCAAACCUGUCUGCUAUGUGACAAAAAGAGAGCAACCUCUUCAUCUGGUAUUUCAUCGGGACAGAAUAGUGACGAAAAAGACAAGGGAACUACAAUUCUGCUCAAUACGCCUUGUUGGAUCUGCCCCGAGUGUAGAGGGGAAACUUGCGAGGAGGAGGGCAUCGGACCAAGUGGGGAAAGGGACGAAGGGGGACUAGGAGGGGGCAUAAUGGGACUUGGGAGUGUGUUGCGGCAUACGGGACACCCUAGGGAUCUCUUGGAUCUCUCGAUGUCUCUUUGUAGUGUGCAGAGUAGCGAACACAACGAGGAUGAGGAUGACGAACCUCUUUCGUUGCCGCCACAUAACUACCAUUCAAUUGAUGCUGGGUUGUACGGGCUUGAAGACGACGACACUGGUAGUGUGUGUGAAAAUGACAAUGAUGCUGAUCUCUACCCGAUCGGAGGAGUGGAGAAUGAGAAAGCAUGUAACUGCAAUUCAUGCGAGAGACUGAGACAGUUGGAAAACGUGAGUAAAAUGAGAGCGGAAGAGUUGGACCGAAGUUGGGUGGAAUUGAGGGAUAGUGUGAGAAGUAUAUACAGGUCGCAGUCUAUAUACUCUCAGUCUCAGUUGGAAGGUAUCAGCAAGCCACCGCCUCCACACCAGCAUCAAUUCAGAUUGCGCGAAAUGGCCACCAAAUUGAGUAGCAGUGAUGCCCACCUAUUGUUCCGACGUCUGGAGGCACAAGCUAUCGAAUACGUGGUCGAAGUCAAGGCCAGACUCCUGCAUCGACUGACAACUCACCCAUUCCCCUCUCACAACACUUCUGGUGGGGGCAGUAGUAAUAAUAGUGGGGGGUCUGGAAGUGGAAGGAGUUGGACCCCCUCGUGGUGUGUGGAUUUUGUGGAGAGUAUGUUGAACGAGUUUACCUCCGUUGGACAGAGUGCUAGCAGUAUAUCGGAGAUCAUCGCACACUUGGAACAGGAGCACCUGUCGCUGUUCAAGAUGACGUGGGCAAUGCACAACCGGAAUCUGUUCCGCACUCUGUGUUGGGAGGAGCCCCUUCUGAGGAGGAGUCUCAAACCCAUGCUGCAGGGACUCACCGAGGGCUGCAGCGGCUGUGCAGUCUACCCCAGGGAGAAAUACAUCUCCAUAUACAAACAAUAUGUGGAGUUCUCGGAGGAGAUGACUGUAAUGGGAGUUGUGUGGGGAGAAACGGAGGCGCUGCUGGAUAUGUUCGAGCACAGUCUCUCCGCCAGCCAAGUGAGGACCACCAAUCUCAGUCAGGAGAUGGACACGUUCCAGAGAGACAAGUUCCUCUGGCAUCAACAGAUAAGUCGCUUUAGCAACAGCAAAGCUUUCAUGAGUCUGUACACUUCCAUCCUGGCGGAAGAGGCCGAUCACCACCAAAGGGCUCUCUCCCUCCUUACCCAACCCCCUCCCCCACCCCCUCAAUUUACCCUCUCAAACUCAAGAGCACCUGCCCAGAGACAAAACAACGCCGACGAUGCUUUGAGAAGAUCAUCAGCGUUGUCUGGAAACGAAAGAAGAAACUUUGGAAAUUUUGACAGGCCAUUGCGAAUGGCACCGAGUAAUCUGGAAACGUCCGAGAGCCAGUCGCACGUAGAGGUUGAGGAAGAUGAAGAGGAUCUGGAGGUCGGCAAUGUUCUGAUGGCGAACCAAUCACUACGACCUAGGAUCACGGCAUGUCUGGAGGCGAUUAGGCCGCCCAGUGUUUCAAGUAGUACUGACUCGGACUCGGAUCUAGACGGGUCACACAAUGAGGAUCCGAAGAUAAACUCGCCCAGGACAAGAAUACUAGACAGGCCUCGGCCGCAUUUGUCUAUGGAUCCGUUCAUUGACUUUCCGGAAGAGCUAGAGAAUUAUGGCGAUUUCGAUAUCACAAACAAGGCAGAGAAGAAACAGAAAUCUCAAACAGAGGUAUCGGGAAAUCCAACUGGAGCUGGUGGAGAUGCUGGAGUAGAUUUGGAUCGAGAGAAAAGACGGAGUGAGAGGGAGAGAGAAGUUGAGAGAAGACUCUGUACUCAACUCACUCCCAGAGCCUCUACCAAGAGCUCGAAGUCUCCGCAGUCUUACAAAAGUAAUACUAAUGGAAAGGAUAUCAGAAGAGAAGAUACAGAUGUUGAGAUUGCUAUUAGAGAAGAACGAAAAAAGAUGGAGUACGUGGCCAGGUGUAACAUGACAAUGGAGGAGAGGGUGGCCACUAUCAAAGAAAUCAUGAGUGACCUCCAGGAAGCCACUGUGGCCAUACAUAAUGUGCAGCAGGAGGAGGAGGAAGUGGAGACAGAAGGACAGAUGAUGAUGGAGGAAGAGGAAAAUAAAGAAAACAGGUGUAGAAGAGAAUUAUCCGAAGCAGGAACUGAGGAGAAAGAGAGAUGUGAAGGUGAAGAGGAUAUCCAUAAGGAGAGUGUUGAUGACACGUGUGAGUGUCCGGUCUGCAGAGCCAGAGGACUGCCUGCCGAGGAUCUCUUCUCAUCAUCCUCCUCGUCCUCCUCUUCUUCUUUCUGUGGAGACAACCCACAUGCGCGGAGUGUAAUGGGAAUAAAUGCGGUGACUAUGGACUUGAUGAGUGGGGAUGUUGAUGACAUGAAUGACUAUGGAAGUGGAGAUGAUACUCUUCUGAUGAGCAAUAAUCCAUUUCUACUCGAACCAGAGACUGAAGUGGACGUAUUUGGUUCUCGUCGACUUGUGUUCCCUCCUUUCGUGCCUCCCCCUCCGCCCUCAUCCAUCCGAUUUAGACCCCCUCUGCCCACUUGUCUGCCCCCGAUGCACGACUUUGAAGACUCUAACGAAGGAGUCGAUGACGAUUUCGAAGACCUGACGCCGUAUGUAUAUGCCGCAAAAAAUGAAGCAUCUUCAGGUGAAAUUGCAGACGAUGACGAUAGGAAAGAGAAAGUGACAACUGAUGAUAAGGCAAAGGAUCAAGAGAAAAAGAAAACGGCUUCUCUGGGAUUGGAUCCCAGUUGGAGAAAGAAGUUAGACAGUAGCAUUGCGGACAUCAAUAACAUCCUGCAGAGUCUGUGUGCGGAGGCAGAAGAUACUACCGAGGAGAACAGGGGUUCGAACCCAUCAGAGUCCAUUACUUCUGCGAAGACAGAGAGUAAAGGAGUGAAGCAACAUGAAAGGAGUGAAGGCGAAGAUAAUGGGAAGAAAAAAGAUGAUGAUGAGGAAGAAAAUGAAGACGAGGAGGAGGGUUUGGACGAUAGUCUGCAGCGGGAUCAGGAGGCACUGCGAAAGUCUCUGAAGGAGUACCUGGAACAAAUGCAGGCCAAAAAGCUGGAGAUAGAGAGCAAGUGUUACGAGAAGAUCGAGAAACGGGAAGCUGCUAAAAGAGCGGAGGCGAAAGCCAACGCUCAAAGUUCAGCCAAAGGAGUGCAGGAUCUGACUUCAACGGGUAGAGGAUCCAAAGGGUCUUUGCAUGACCAUAGAGAUGAGAGUGUUAACGGGAAUUCAGGUUCAUUCCGAAUGCCCAUCGGGGAUGUCGACUGUACUUCAGAGGCAAGUGGGGCGGAUAGUGACUCUCUAAACAGUUCCUUCAACACUAUAACUACAACUCCAGUAUCAACAACGACAACAAAAGUAAAUAAAACAGAUGCAUCAAGAGGUAAAGGACAUCAGAAUGGAUCAGAUGUGAAAGAAGAGAAGUUGAAGGAGCAGCCGGUAGCAUCGAGAGAAGCAUCGAAGCAAGGUGGAACUAAGAAAGAAUCAGUUGGAACUGUUCGGAAAGGACCAGUGAACUCCGAUGAGGUCGUCUCCAUGGCGCAGAAAAUAGUACACAAAUUCAACAGCUCACAGUCUGCGUCUUCCAAAGAUGAGCGUGUCAAGAAAACUACCAACAAAAAUGAUUCGGCAGAGAGCGAGGGAGUUCGAUCCCAAGUCGUGUCUGAAAAAGAGGCAAAGGGACCCAAUGAGAAACAGUUAAAUGUCAGUGUCAAGGUCACUAACAGGUCUUCAUCUGCUCAGGGUCAAAACCAGUCUCAGAGUGGUAAUGUAGGGGUAUCUUCGACAACGUCGACUGUGUCAGUUUGUGUCAAAGGAGCAAAGACUACGACUUCGACAUCAGUUUCGUCUUCUUCGACGUCAUCGUCUUCGUUCAACAUGCUGAAGAAAGGUUUUCUCAACAACUUACCCAGUAAGAAGCAAACAAGCAGUAGAAGCAAUGCUCAGCAGGAGUGUAACUCGGCUUCAACGAAUGCUGCGGCUUCAGAAAAGACCAAAAAACAGUCUGGCAGCCAAGGUCAAAAAGAUGAUGUUGGUAAAAAGCACAGCUCAAAAGAAUGCAAAGAGAAGACAGUUGGAUCAGAAAGUAAAAAGUCAACUGAGCACAGACCAGAGUCGUCAUCGUAUGUCUCUCUAAGUGAAGAUGACAAGACGACCACAAGUGUCAGCAGCUCCGCCAAGGCCAUCUCUCUCACAUACAUUAAGACUGGCAACAAUAACACUAGCAGCGGCAGCUUCACACAAAAGUCAACUCCAGCAGGUCAAAAGGUGCCCUCAAAUGACACCCAGUCUAGUACUUCCACGGUGGCAGAGGUCAAGGUCAGUUGCACGUCCGAUAGCGCUGUCGGAUCGGCAACUACGCCUCAUUCUCACAACACCACUCAAACCCACUCUCACUCCAGUGUCUCGGAAGGACAUAAGGGUCAUGCAUCUGGGGCGAAUGGGGGAGGUGUGUUGAGUAAUGGGUGCAAAAAUACGGACAAGUGUCAUUGCUUCCUAGCUGGAAAUACGACGUGUAGUGGCGGGGGUCCGGCUACGCGGAGUCGAGAGGACGACUUAAGAGAGAAGUUGAGGAAGAAAUUGGACGGCAGACGAGGCACCCCGGACCGAAAAGGACUACAACAGCAACAAAUCAAAAACAGCAACAACAAUAGUCCGGAUCAUAUAGCGCACAAGUCUUGUGCUAAUAACGGACAUCAUGCUUCUGGUAGUUGCACUAAUAAUGGACUAGAUGCGACUGAAGAAAAGAAGGCGCAAAGAGCAGGCGAAGGAUGCGAGGCUUCGAAGAAGUAUGAAAAGAUAGACCAAGAUGAAGACGAAAACAAAAAGCGAAGCGGAAAAGGAAAAGAUAAACUUGAGAACGAGAACGGAGAAAAUGAUGCAGCUUCGAGUGUUCUGAAUGUCCAGGACAUGUCAGUUGAUUCUCUGGCAGCAUACAUUGAGGGUGUGGAGGCUUCAAGAGGUGGUAACUCCUCGACAUCGUCGGCAGGAGCUUCCAAGAAGAGCAAGAACUCCAAGCGCAAGAAACACAAGCUGCUGAAUGAGUCAUCCACCAAUGCUUUGGGGACUUCAGGGUCUUCAGAAAGUGGGAAGGGAUCAGUUGGGGCUCAGACACAGGAUAUGAAAAGUGGAAAUAAAAGUGGGAAAAGACAGAAGCAGAACUCAAUCGGAGCAUCACUAGAUGCAGACGAGAUCUUCCGCCCGAAGGAUGACUUGGAAGGUCUGGACGAAGGAGAGAAAGAACUGGAACUGUUCAAACGCAGACUCUGCAUGGACAGUAGCAACGAUAACAACACUCCAGUGGCGAAACCACGUGCCAAAAUACGACUGGACUUGUCUCAUAUGUCGCAGGCACUGGGAAGCAAUUUGUACCAGCAUUGAACUUCACUGGCUGCGAAUUUUAAAACUAGCACUGAUCAGGGAAGAGUUUAAGAUACAAAUGUUUAGCAAAAUUGUGCAUAUAUGAGAUACGAGUGUAAACAAAUUAUGUUAUCAGGAUUCGGCAUUUAUUUAUGACAUAACCAAAUAUCACCAAAACUAGCAAAUAUGUUUUCAUCCAAUGAGGCAUUUGUAAAUUGACGCAAAUAUUAUGUAACAUAUACCAUUUUUAAAAAGUGUUUUUAAAAGACUGCCAUGUUUGAACGAAUCAAAAGGGCCAUUUCAUUUUGUGCUAGUCAUGUUCAGAAAUCAGAAAGAAGUUUAUUUUUAUUUUUAA